GAGCGAUCGCAGGGCCCGGGCCGCGCCGCACCAUGGCCAUGUACCGCACGGAGGAGCGCGGCCAUCCCCACUCGGCGGGUUACCGCCUCUUCUUCAAGAAUGAAGCUGGUCACUAUAUUUCCCCCUUUCAUGACAUUCCUCUGAAGGUGGACUCUAAAGAGAAUUUGUUUAAUAUGAUUGUCGAAGUACCUCGGUGGACAAAUGCUAAAAUGGAGAUCGCCACGGAGGAGCCAUUGAAUCCCAUUAAACAGGACAUAAAGGAUGGCAAGUUGCGCUAUGUGGCCAAUAUCUUCCCUCACAAGGGUUAUAUAUGGAAUUACGGUGCCCUCCCUCAGACUUGGGAAGAUCCCCAUCGAAAAGAUAAGAGCACAGACUGCUGUGGAGAUGAUGAUCCUAUUGAUGUUUGUGAAAUAGGCUCAAAGGUUCUUUCUCGUGGAGAGGUUAUUCAUGUGAAGAUCCUUGGAGUGUUGGCCCUUAUUGAUCAGGGUGAAACAGAUUGGAAAUUAAUCGCCAUCAAUGUGAAUGAUCCUGAAGCCUCAAAGUUUCAUGAUAUUGAUGAUAUUAAGAAGUACAAACCAGGUUAUUUGGAAGCUACGCUUAAUUGGUUUAGAUUUUAUAAGGUGCCAGAGGGAAAACCAGAAAACCAAUUCGCUUUUAAUGGAGAGUUCAAAAACAAGGCGUUUGCUCUUGAAGUUAUUAAAUCUACUCAUGAAUGUUGGAAAGCAUUGCUUAUGAAAAAGUGUGAUGCAGGGGCUAUAAAUUGCACAAAUGUGCAGGUGUGUGAUAGUCCUUUCCAUUGCACUCAAGAGGAAGCAAAAUCACUAGUUGAAUCGGGCAAGACCGAGGGACCAACGUUGUGCCUUCACCAGCAGCCCAGGCCCCCAUUCCAGACCACCUCCGGCUACCCAAGACCCUGGCAGUUUUUGCUCGGACAGUUGCAGGCCCAUUUUCAGGGCCUGCAUGGGCAUCUGCCCAAAUUCACACUCAUUACUGUCUGGACUGUGUGCUCACUGUUUCUUCUGCAGGGGUUGGGUGUGGCCGUUUGUAGGCAGGGGUUGCAGAGAUGCGUGGACUGGAAUUUCCACCUCCGUGCAGGUGUCCUCUUCAGUAAGUAAAGCAAGUAAUGAAGAAGAACAAGUAUGGCACUUCCUUGGCAAGUGAUGGGAACAUUUGAAGUUCUGCCAUCAAGAUUCCAGCCCCCUCAGGCCUUCCAGCCUGCGUCUCCCUCCAGCGAGGAGAUAGGCAGAUCCAUGCGGAUUUGCUGAAUUUCUAUCGAAACUUCAUUUUCCCCCAAACUUCCUGAGAUAUGCACUAUGUAAAUAAACACUGCUUUUGAAUUA